AUCUUUUGUCUAUGACAUUUUGGCUUCCUUGAAAGCGCGCAGCCGGCGUUUGUUUGAUAGCGGUUUUUGUGUUUAGAAAUUAAAGUUAUCAAGCGAAUAAUAACCAAAAAUGGCAUACAAAGGCCCACCGAAAGUGCAGAAGGUGAUGGUGCAACCCAUCAACCUGAUUUUUAGGUAUUUGCAAAAUAGAAGCAGAGUGCAAAUAUGGUUGUAUGAAAACGUGAAUUUGAGGAUCGAGGGACACAUCGUAGGCUUCGACGAAUACAUGAACAUUGUGCUAGACGACGCCGAGGAGGUUCACAUGAAGACCAAAAACAGGAAGCAGAUCGGGCGGAUCAUGUUGAAAGGAGAUAAUAUAACGCUCAUCCAAAACGUUAACCCGAACGCUAACGUGUAAAACUAGGUUAUAAAUGUUUACUACUAAGAGGACAGUCAUUCCUAGGUGAAUUGAGUGUGAUCGUUACAAUUCUUACCUGUAUAAGUGAAAAUUUUGUAGACGUCCAGGUGAUCUGUAUUGUCUUCAUUAAAUUUAAGGUUUACAA